CCCUCCACACAUACAGACAAACACCGAGUUGUGUAACCAAGGUAUUUGAGACUAACUUCGAUACGAUGACUCGUCACUUCGUCAUUAAGGUGCCGGCAUCGUCUGCUAAUAUCGGGCCAGGUUUCGACGUUUUAGGUAUAGGUCUAUCUCUUUUCCUCGAGCUGGACGUCACGAUCGACCCAAAGUUCGCCAGCGAGACAAACAACGAUCCUCAUAACUGUGUGAUCACGUACUCGGAGGACUCGGAGGGAUUUGAGCAUGUUCCAUUGAAAGCUGAUGAGAAUCUGAUCACGAGAACUGCUCUGUACGUGUUGCGUUGUAACGACAUUAGAGAAUUCCCAAUAGGUACAAAGAUCCAUAUUAAGAACCCAAUCCCAUUGGGAAGAGGUUUAGGAUCCUCAGGUGCAGCUGUUGUCGGUGGUGCGAUGCUUGGUAACGAGAUUGGUAAGCUUGGGUUCUCCAAGGAGAGAAUCCUGGACUACUGUCUCAUGAUUGAACGUCAUCCAGAUAACAUCACCGCUGCGAUGAUGGGAGGAUUUGUGGGCUCAUACCUGCGUGACUUGAGCGCUGCUGAUAUGGAGAGAAAGGAGAUCCCACUGUCAGAAGUGCUACCAGAACCUGCUGGUGGCCACAACACCGGGUUGGCUCCGCCAAUCCCUCCACAUGACAUUGGCCGUCACAUCAAGUACGACUGGUGUAAACAGGUCAAGUGUGUCGCAAUCAUCCCAGAUUUCGAGGUCUCAACGGCCUCCUCCCGUGGUGUCCUACCAACUGCAUACACUGCAAAGGACAUGAUCUUCAACUUGCAAAGACUAGCGGUGCUGACUACUGCCUUGACAAGAUCACCACCAGAUCCGGAACUCAUUUACCCGGCAAUGCAAGACAGGGUGCACCAGCCUUACAGAAAGACCUUGAUCCCUGGACUUACAGAGAUCUUGUCCUCUGUUACACCAAAGACCCACCCUGGAUUGCUGGGUAUCUGUCUCUCAGGAGCAGGCCCAACCAUCCUGGCUUUGGCUACUGAGAACUUUGAAGAGAUUGCCAACGAGAUCAUCAACAGAUUCGCAAAGGAGAAGAUCACGUGUCGCUGGAAACUGUUAGAGCCUGCUUAUGAAGGUGCCACCGUUGAAGAGCUCGAUAACUAGAUACUGUGUACGUAUAUAACUGAAGAAAAAGAGUUAGACUAGUAAUAGUGACCAGCAAUAGUGACACAUAACUUACGAUUAC